UGCCGACUCGCAGGAGGAAUCACCGGGUGAUAAACAAGUCACUGACUUCUGGCCGAGCUGCUCUAAAACACCUUCCUUUAAUCUGCAGCUCCCACUAAAACCAUGCUAUUUUUAAGUGCUUAAAGCAAAUAUCUUGCAGGUUUGGGAUCGGAGUGGCAGCCAUGAAGGACCCGAGUCGCAGCAGUACCAGCCCCAGCAUCAUCAGUGAGGAUGUGAUCAUCAACGGGCACUCCCACGAGGAUGACAACCCCUUUGCUGAGUACAUGUGGAUGGAGAACGAGGAGGAGUUUAACAGGCAGAUUGAAGAGGAGUUGUGGGAAGAAGAAUUCAUUGAGCGCUGUUUCCAGGAGAUGCUGGAAGAGGAGGAGGAGCAUGAAUGGUUUAUUCCAGCCCGUGAUCUCCCACAAACAAUGGAUCAAAUCCAGGACCAGUUCAAUGACCUUGUUAUCAGUGACAGCUCAUCGCUGGAGGAUCUGGUGGUCAAGAGUAAUCUGAAUCCAAACGCAAAGGAGUUUGUUCCUGGGGUGAAGUACUUAAACAUUUGAGUAGACUGGGCCCUCUUUUGGUGGAUGUAGCACAAUUUCCACACUGUGAAGCCAGUAUUAGAAGAUUUAAUUGUAAAAGCUCUCUCUUCUUGUCACUGUGUUACACUUAUGCAUUGCCAAAGUUUUGUUAGUCUUGCAUGCUCAAUAAAAGUGCUGAGACUGUUA